AUGGGCUCAUCAGGAGUCUUCGCAAAGACGAUUCUCAUUCCCGCCGCAAUCGCAUUGACAAUCUACGUCCUCGCCUCAUGCGUCAUCAUCCCCUUCUUCCGCCGCUACCAUCAGCGCUACUCCCAGUACCUGCCAUUGCACAGUAUCUCCGCACACACGCUCUCCCUGCGCGAUCGCAUAGCUGAUACCGUGAUGAACUUCAUCCUUCGGUCGACCUGGCGACGCGGCGCAGAUGUAGCAGACAAUGAUAACAUCAGCAUAGACGAGCAGGAUGGGGAGGUGCUCGUCGGCAUGGAUAUGGAUGCCGUUCGACGGGGAGCGCUGGAACGGAGAUACGAUGCGGGGACGGAGCGGCUAGGGAGAGACCUGGAAGAGGGGUUUAUGGACGAUAGCGACAGUGAAGGGCGCACUUGA